AUAUUGGUCCGGACCGGAUAGGGGAGGAAGUUAUUAGGGUAACCGCAGUAUUUAUACUUGCACACACGCUCAACUCUCCACCAAAAGCAACAACCAACCAACUGAACACAACAACGAGAAGAUUUCUUCACGCUCAUUUCAGAUGGAUCGGUACCAGAAGGUGGAGAAACCAAGGCAAGAGGCUACUCCGAUUGAUGAGAAUGAAAUUCGGAUUACGAGUCAGGGCAGGAUGCGCAGUUAUAUCACUUAUGCUAUGACCAUGCUUCAGGAAAAAGGCUCUUCAGUAAUUGUGUUCAAAGCAAUGGGAAGAGCUAUCAACAAGACUGUAACCAUUGUGGAGUUGAUUAAGAGGAGAAUUGCUGGCCUCCAUCAAGUUACAUCUAUUGGAUCCACUGAUAUAACUGAUACAUGGGAACCCCUAGAAGAAGGGCUCCUACCUCUGGAAACGACAAGGCAUGUCUCCAUGAUCACCAUUACGCUUUCAAAAGAAGAGCUAGAUACAUCAGCCGCAGGGUAUCAGUCUCCAAUUCCUGUUGACCAGGUUAAGGCUUCUCCUGAGUUUGAUUAUGAAGGAGAUGGUUCACCUACUAAUCAAGGCAGAGGUCGUGGUGGCAGGGGGAGAGGAAGGCAAAGAGUCGCAUCUGAAUUUGAGGAUGGAGGUUGGGAUCGUCCUCGGGGCUAUUCCAGGGGUAGAGGAAGAGGGAGAGGUCGUAAUUUUCGGGGACGAGGAAGGGGAGGAUACAGUGGGCCUCAGAUAGAUCUUCAGCAUGAGGCUGAUGGAUAUGAUCAAGAAGCACCACCUGUUGAGGGUCGAGGCCGUAAUUAUCGUGGACGUGGAAGGGGAGGAUACGGUGGGCCUCCGAUGGAUGUUCAGCAUGAUGCUGAUGGAUAUGAUCAAGAAGCACCACCUGCUGAGGGCCGAGGCCGUGGACGUGGUCGUGGUCGCGGGAGGGGCUAUCGUGGGAGAGGUCGUGGAUUUAGAUCCAAUGGACCAAUUCCUGCGGCUGGGGGUGACGAGUAGCUGAUCACUCCAGCUUGUUGAGUGCAUUGCACAGUUUGUUGUAUCCUGUGCUGCUGGCUAGAUGUUCCAUUUCCAAAAUUCUAUGUUUUGGUUCCCUGGUUAUUUCCUUCUUUUAGUUGCUAAAUUUUUAGCAGGACAGAUUUCUGUUACAGUGUAGACUAACAUUAGAAGCUUAAUGCAGUCUCUGCAUAAGCUUUCUGUAACUUUAGUAUUUUCCGGUUCCUUUUUGUAGAAUUAGGUGCAAGCUUUAUAUUUUAACAACUGUAACUAUAUUGGGAGUGCAGUUUGUGGUUCAAAUGGUUAUUUGUUAAUC